UUUGUAGGUGGUGGUCUUGGGUUGUUCAUGGGUUUAUUUCUAGGAUCUCUAGAAAAUCCCAUUAUGCAAGAUCAGAUGUCCGGUAAGCAGCAAUUCAUAUAUACGGCAAAGCAGAUGGGGCGAAGGAGUUGGAGUUCUGCAAAGGCAUUUGCAGUUAUGGGAUUGAUUUUCUCUGCUGCUGAGUGCGUUGUUGAAAAGGCACGAGCCAAACAUGAUACAACAAAUACGGUUGUUGCUGGCUGCGUUACCGGAGGCGCAAUAUCUGCAAAAGGUGGCAUUUUUCUCGUCACUGAUUAA